AUGGGGAAAGGAGGCCAUGGUCGCAAAGGAGGCUAUGGCAAAUACGGUGGCUAUGGUAAAGGAGGCUCCGGCGGCUACUAUGAUGGUGGGUAUGGGUACAAAGGCAAGAAAGGCCUGGACGAUUACUGGGAUUUUUGGGAGGAUGAUGAUGAGUGGGAGCGGCAAAACCGGGGCUGGAGCCAGCAAAGGAGGCAGGACUGGCGACCGGAGUGGGUUCAGCUUCGGAACGAGGAGCGGGCAGCUCUGAGAAACGGCGAGGAGACUGCAGCUCAGCUCCUGAAUGCACGGAGCGAGGAAAGUUCCGUGCAGAGACAUGGCGAGGAGACGGCGGCUCAGCUCCUGAAUGCACGGAACACGGAGGAGCAGAAUGAGCAGCGGAGGCGGGCCACGAAGAGCAAGCUCUUCAGGGAGGAGAAGCAGAUGAAAGCCGUCAAGGAGGAGCUGGCGGCUGCAGAGCUCAUGGAGACCGGCGAGUCCCGCGUGCAAGAGAAGCUGGCGGCUGCAGAGCUCAUGAAAGAGGCUGCAGACUUCGCCAAGGAGGCUUUGCAGGAGGAGCUACAGGCCUCAGACUUCGCAAAAGAGGGUGUGCAGGAGGAGCUACAGGCUGCGACUUUGGCAGAGGAGCGAUGCGAGGCCAGUGAGAUUCGCAUGGCGGAAAAGCUGGAGCGGCUGGAGACGGAGAUGAGAGAGCUGCGUGUCGUCGUUCCCAUGUCAGCAGGGCUUCCCCCUUUCGGCUUGACACAGGCUCCGACGCUGCCGGCGGCUGCUGCGGCAGCCGGCCCUUGCUUCAUCGGCGGAGUGCCGCAGGAGCUUUCAGUGAACGUGAUUGUCAUCUCUCAUCAAAAGUGGGCCCUUGCAGGCGCUUCGCCCGACACCAUCAAUGCCACGGGCCAGCUUCGGACUACUUUGGAUGCUGUUGACCGUCGACGACCAGUAACCCCGCCCAAGAAGGCCCGUGACCUUUGGCCUUUCAAGCUCGAAGAGACGCCACCCUGGCCAGGCUGA